AUGCAAAAAGUUACCUGGGAAGAAGUUGGUGCCGCCGGCAAUGAAUUGUUGUCUCCUGCCUACAAGAGCAAUGGCCAUGUGUUCACUUCAGGAAGUGUUGGCUUUGCUCCAGACGGAACCAUCUCCGAGGACGUGAGCGUCCAGACCAAGUACGCCAUCGAGGCUCUCGAGAACGUGCUCAAGAAGUCUGGAUCUUCUUUGGACAAGGUCCUCAAGGUGCUGCUGUUCAUCUCCAACAGAGAAGAUGCUGCUGCCGUCAACGCUGUCUACAAACAGUACUUCAAGACCCAGCCAGGUAGAUCCUGUGUGAUUGUCCAGUUUCCCGAUGCUAGAAUCAAGGUUGAGCUGGAGUGUGUUGCUGUGUACGAGUAG